AUAUAAAACGCCAGACAGACGCAAAGCACACUAUUGAUUCUGAAAACAGAACAUACCAAACUUACAAAACUACCAGCAAAGCGCCGCAAUCGUCCUCACCCACACCACAUCUCUCCCCUCUCAACUCAAACAUCGGGCACACUCCCAAGAUGGUUUCCGUUCCCGUUGGUGUAUAUCCCCUAGCGGGCAUCAUGGUGGGCGCCGCGGUCGGCGUCGGCUUCUUCCUUGUGCAUAAAGCAAAGGACCCGAGUGUUGUCUGGGCUCGCAGGACAAACCCCCAUCCGUACUUGACUGUUGGCGAGAACGAGACUAGCAAGCUUUACGACCCAACCCUAUCCCGCAAGAAAUGGCGUCGCGGUUCGCAGACCUCGAGCGAGUUUGUCAAUGAGCAUUAAAUAACUAGGCUCACAAGUGCUUCCUACCGUGAAGAUGGGUUGAGGGGACAAACUCCUGGACAAUAUAUCAUGAUCUGCAUUUCGCCAGUUGUGUUGUGACGUUUGUUUUGAUUUGACGCUUUCUAGGCCAUUCCCGAGAAGCUUGAUGGGUUUCGAUUCCAUUGCGAUACCACAGCAAAAGUCGAGGUCAUAUACACAUACGUGCACCGUGCAGUAUACCACCUAUAAACUCAC